AUGACGCGUCAAAUACUUUCAGUCAGGUCAAUCAGGUCAAGAUUGUUUCGGUCUUCGUCUCCGCACAAUGGAGAUAUUACUCAAUCAGAUGGCGCCCUUGGGGUCCUUGACUCUCAAGGGAAUGAUGCCGAAGAAAAUGCAAGCGCCAAUGAAGCAGCCUGGGAAGAUGUCCACACCAUUGACAACAGAAGCUAUGACACGCCCGUCGCAUCGAUAGAGAGAAGUCCGAGCCCGGCGUUCACCUUCGCAGCCGAUCACACAGCCGCCCAGAGCACCUCGAUCGUCUCUGCUCCCAAAUCCGCGACUUCUAAUCAGCCGACACUGACAGGUUGCCAUAAUUCCACCCACGAAUCCACCUCCAGCUUUACAUCUACGCAUCAGUCACUAACGCCUACCGUAUCUAUCUCGCCUCCUCCCCAAACCAAUCCCACGGCGAUGUGGAACACCUCGGUACAUGAGUCCACGAGAACAAACCUCACACCUGGCCUGCAACGCCUUGGACUCUCAGGCAAACAAGCUUCCGCAGAGCCCAUACCAGGACUGAAUAUGACUGAGGUUGGUGCUGCACUUGACGAACUGGACACCAACACAAACGAUUUCAACCCAGGGCCACGGGUCAACGAGACGCUUGCUGUAAAACCACGCAGAUCGUCACGAAGAAGGUCGACACCGAGGCCAGAAACAGUGAUUCAUCGGGUUGAGGACGAAGAGCCACCGAGUGAUGAAUUCAACCAUCCGGUCUUUCAGCAGCGCUUAGCAGACACAAGAAAGGCUCUGGUUGACUUGACCGAUGUUCUCUCCAGCAAUUCCAUCCACCUCGAGCCUGAUUCCACAAUGAAGGGACUCCAUGAGCGCGCAAAGAUGUUGAGCCGCUUUCAGCCGCUGUCGACAAGGACUGUAGGCUUCGUUGGUGACUCUGGUGUCGGGAAAAGUAGCCUUCUCAACUCCCUCCUGGAUCACCGAGGUUUAGCACGAACAACGAAUAACGGCGCUGCAUGCACUUGUGUUGUGACCGAAUACCAUCAUCAUGGGGAAGAUUGUUUCAUCAUUGAAGUGGAUAAGUUCAGCAGUGAGGAAAUCCACGACCAGCUGGCCGAGUUACUAGUUUCCUACAGGACUUUCCAUCUUCACAACGGAGUUCUGGAUCGAGAGGAACAUAAAUACCUCGAAGAGAGAGCAAAUAUUGCGGCAGACACAUUUCGAACAAUGUUCCGCGGCAUCCUGGGGGAUGAAUCCUGGCUUCUCAAAGAAUCACAGGAAGUCAUCCUAGAGCAAUUCCAAACAUGGGUAUCAAGUGCCAAUGCACUUCAGUCGCGAGACAGACAGGUGGUCACGUCACUGGAAGAUUGCUCCUCAUUGCUCAUGCAAUUGACUUCAGAGGUCCCUGCAGCAAGCGCACCUGCAACUUGGCCAUAUAUCCGAAAGAUCAGAGUCUAUCUCAAAGCGCACAUUCUCAGCAAAGGCUUGGUCUUGGUGGAUCUUCCUGGCCUUCGUGAUCUGAAUUCGGCCCGGCGCAAUAUCACAGAGCGAUAUAUACUGAAGUGCCACGAGAUAUUUGCAGUAUGCAACAUUGGUCGGGCUACCACGGAUGUUGGUGUUUUGAGUGUUUUCAACCUGGCACGAGAAGCUGGGCUUGCACACGUUGGCAUUGUCUGCACAAAGUCAGAUGACAUCAAUUUCGAUGAGAUAAAGAACGAUUGGCAGAACAAGCAAGCGGAUGUAAUCAAGAAGCUGAGGAGAUCGCUCAGUUCCAUCGAUGAAAAAUUGGAGGAGGUUGAUGAGGAGCUGAUGACCUUCCAAGGUCUAUCGAGUAUCGAUUUGGAUACUCAGGAAGAGCUGUUGAAAUUGCUUAGCGACAAGCGGGAGCUUAAGAGGCAACGAAAUACCGCCAAGUACAAUUUGCAUGAAUACGCUGUCAAAACACGCAACGCCCACGUCAUGAAAGGACUUUCGGAGAAAUAUCUAGACCCGACAACAGAAAAACCUCCUCGAGUAUUCUGCGUCAGCAAUACUAUGUAUUGGGAAAUGCGCAAGGAAGAAAGGUCCGAGGCCGAACCCUUUCUCAAUCUGUCUGGGAUCAUAGCAAUACGGAAGCACAGCAUCGCUAUGGUAGCAGCAAGCCAGCUGCGGAUAUCCAAAAACUUCUUGAGCCAUGAUGUGCCGGCUCUACUGAGUGAGAUCGAGCUCUGGGUUCAGUCCGGGGCGGGAAGCACUUCAGCCGAGGAGAAAGAAGCUGCUAGGAAAGCUCUCGAUAGCAUCGAAGCGCAACUUUUCCAGGUUAAUCUCGUUUCCGAGACAUCUCCUUUGAGUACUGUCGGAUCUUGCCUGAAAAGCUAUUUCCGGGACCAUAUUUGGAGAGGCACUUACGCUGCGUUUUGUCGUGCUAUGGGCGAUCACAGCACAGCAGCGGUCGGUUACCGUAACUGGAACAAGGAGGCCAUGUCUGCUAUGGUUUCCGACGUGAAGGAUUCUUGGAAGAACUUGCAAGCAAAGUUCCAAGAUCAGUGGGAUGAUGUCGAUCAGUUCAUCAGCGAUUCCUGGGACGAGGCCAUCUGUUUUCUAGAUACGGAAUGGCCAAGUUCCAACGUUUCGGAGAGCGAAAUACGCAAGGCCAUACAUUUUCGCAGACACUUGCUCAUUACCGGAAUAGAGGAGGUUUUUGGCACGCACGACAGAAACUUGUCCUCGUUCUUUGGGAAGGUCAUGUGCAAGGUUUAUGUGGAAGCUGCGAAUGAACGCGAUCGUGGAUCUGACAAACGACGCAAAGCUAUCGUCGCCCGUACUUUGACGAACGAGGAGAUAUUCAAAACCGUGAUUGAGCAAUUUAGAAACGGCCUCCAGCAGCACGCGAACAAAUUGCAGGAGGAACUAGACGGGGUCGUGUCGGAACAACUUGACGCUCUCCGAGGGACUCUGGACAUCGUCAGGCGGGAGAAUGUUGCCGAGGAAAGCGAAAGGGACCCAAAUUUUCGCAGGCGCGUGGCUGAUGAGGUUGCAAAGAUUCGUGGAAUGAUGAGUGAUUAG